CUAUGUUCCUUUCAGACCCUCAUGACGUCAUCCCUUCCUCUCGCCGGAUAAGCCCUUGUGGGCAGGAUAUGUCUUCGUGCCAGCCAACAGAAUGUAAACGAGACUGAAUUCAAAGCAAGGUGCAGGAGCCCUGCCAGGAUAAACUACAGCAACCCUAGCCAGAAGCAGCAUAGAAAGCAGGAAGGUAUUGGAGCAAGGCAAGACCAAAGCCGUAGAUGUCUCUGAUGUGCUGAACUCUUGACAGCAGCGAUGGUGGUGGAACUGCACGGCUUCUUUGGGGUCUAUCUUCUCUACUGCACCAACCCUCGUUACGUGGGCCAGGUCUACAUUGGCUUCACCGUCAAUCCUGAGCGACGCAUAAAUCAGCACAAUGCUGGGAAGCGCCAUGGUGGGGCUUGGAAGACUAGUGGUCGUGGUCCUUGGGACAUGGUUCUGAUUGUCCACGGUUUCCCCUCUGAUGUGGCUGCUCUGCGGUUUGAGUGGGCCUGGCAGCAUCCACACUCCUCCCGCCGUCUCACCCACGUUACUCGCCGCACCUCACGGGAGCGUCAGUUUGACUUCCAUCUGCGCGUCUUGGCCCACAUGCUCCGAACUGCCCCCUGGUGCCGCCUGCCCCUCACCAUUCGUUGGCUCAAGCAGGAAUAUCGCAGAGACUUCCCUGCAGGCUUGGAACCUCCCCUGCACAUGCCGGUGGCCUUUGGGCAGGUCCGAGCUGUCAAGGAGACUAAGGGGGUGAAAGCAGUACCUUCAGAGGGACACGUGGCUACUCCAAAACGCUGCAGCAUCUGUCUGAAAAAAUUCCAGGAUGGGGAUGAUGACACUCCCUUACGCUGCUUCCAUUCUGCCUGCACCAUGGCUGCUCAUAUGAUUUGCUUGUCUCAGGUUUUCCUAGAGAAAGAGCCACAUCACUUCCUGCCAAUAGAAGGGCAAUGCCCAGGCUGCAAGAAUCUUGUGCUUUGGGGAGACCUGAUUCGUCACCAUAAAGGCUGUUAUGGCAACCUAGAGGCUGAUCCCAACUCCUCCCAGGAACAUUGGACUGACGAGCUGCAACUGUGAAGAAGGAGCCUGUAUCUUUGGGGUAGAAAAAAAUGGCCAAGACAGACCUUCAGCGCAGCGGAAGAGUGCCUAGGAAUUCCAGGCCUUCACGGACCCUUUAAUUCUGCCUCUCCCAGCUGGAUCUGGGCUCUUUAAACUCCCAGCCUCAGAAUCAUGUCAACUAAUUAAUUUUCUUAAGUGGAAUUAAAUAUAAGGACUGUGAAUCAGCAGGAUAUCUAUAAAAUAAGGCAGGAGACAGGACUACGGGAUUCUCUGAGAAAAACAGACACAAGACUGGCAAGAUGAAUGCAUUAGGACAAUGAGGCCAAUAAUGCUACAGGAAUUCAAAGCAUUGACUGGGAAGAGCAAAUCAGAGCCAGAAGAACAAGGAGAGACACCCCAUGAAGACUAGUAGAGGGGAAACUAUGACCUUCCAGAUGUUGGACUACAACUCCCACCAUUCCUGACCAGUGGCCUUGCUGGCUGGGGCUGAUGGGAGUUGUAGUCCAACACCCUGGAGGGCCACAGGUUCCGCACUACUGACAUGGAAUGUGGUAAACAGUAUGACUAUUUUAUAUCAUGCCUAUUGGGUGCUAAUACAGAACACAGAAAAAGACAUACAGUAUUUCCUUACCUUAGUCCAUAAAGGGACAGUAGGUUCUUGAGACAAUAAUCACACUUGGCAUUUAUAUGGAAUUUUUCUCUACUCAAAACGCUUCACAUACAUUGACUCAGUAAUUCUUACGAGUACGAAUCUUAAGCCAGCAUUAUCCCUAUAGUGGAGAGGACUGAGUGAAUAGUGGCACACCCAAGACCACUAAGCAAAUGAGGUGGAAGUUCAACCAGAGACUUGUAACCUGAGCUAUUACAGUAUAUCAGAUAAACUGCUGUGGCAGGAGAUUGGAUUUACUAAUGCUUGAAAGCUGCUUUAUAAUAGGUCCAGUUUGCACAUAACAUGAUGCCAAAUCAUGGCUUAGCCCUGAGUAGUGCAGUGGCAGCAGGACUGAGGGAGGAGUGCUGCGGCUGCAAUCUUUGGUCCAGGCACAUACAGGUUUACUCAUGUGAACUAAGCCAUGGUGACUCUUUUAAAGACUAGUGGGUCCCAUUAAAAUGUGAUCUUCUCCCAGCAUGAUUAACGUUCUAGAUCUCAUAGAGGUUAAAACAAAGCAGCUACGGGGAAGAAAGAGCAUGCAAACAACCACCCCUAAAAAAAAAUGUUUAAACCACAAAUUAGCUAUAAUGACCAUGUCAGCAAGGUCUUAGAUCUGCACAUGCUCAGCCCUGUACCUAUUUUGUUUUUAGAAAAAUCCAAGGCUACUCUAAGAAAAGUUGAAUUUCCCCUCCUCGCCACCAUAAAUGAUGAAUUAAAAAAUCUGUGUACUUCUGUUCUGUUGCUUUAAUGACUUUUAGGAAUCACAAACCAUUGCUAGAACAGGACUGUGAGAAUCUUGAAAAGCAAGAGGCAUCCUUCACAGGGAGCAACAGUGACUAUUGGCAGUUUUUAUUAGAUGUCUUGGUUUGUCAAUGUUUGUUUAUUUUUUGUAUCCUGUAGCCAAAGCUUAUUGUAAGUGGCUUUUGAACAAUUUUUUUAAAAAAGUGGGAAAUAAAUUAUUAAAUAACCAGA